GUUUUCAUUUCCAAGUGUAUCAAAAUAUUUUAGAUCGAUGUCAAAGAUAACAGUUUUAGGAGAUUCAUUGUACUGUGACGACGAAAAGAAUAAGAUUCGGAAAAUUUUCAGAGCACAUUGGUCGCUUUGCUCCAAACGUUGAAUAAUAAAGUUUAUUGUAUUGUUAAGUUUAUUGUAUUGUAAUAAGUUAAUACAAAUAGCAGAUCAAUAUGACCGAUAUGAUAAAUGCAUAUGAAAUGAACGAACAUUCCUCCGGGAUGGAAAGAACUUCUGAAAGCAAUGUUACUGCCUUUAACUUUCUAUGCCGAGGUUGUAACAGAGAUGACAGAAGGGAAAAACUCAUACGUCCAUGUAACUGCACUGGCGAUCGGGAAUUUAUACACACUGACUGUUUAGAGACUCUAGUCAGAGUUGAAAAGCUCAUUCAUUGCAUACAUUGUAGAACUUUUUACCCGCUGGAGUACAAGCGCAAACGAUUAAUAGAGUGGUGCAGAAACGUACAUGCAUUGGGUAAUAUGUUAAAAGGAUUCUUCGCUUGUCUUAUUACAAUAUUAGUUGUGAUAUUCUAUAAUGCAUGUAUAUUAUGUCUACUCAUAUAUUUAAGUACAUAUAUUAAUUUUUCAAAAGGAAAUAUUAAUAGUUCCUUUGCGAUUAUCAUUUUAAUGGCAUACUUCGUAACUGUUAUUAUUUUAUCUAAAAAUAUGGAGAAAAAACAAGUAAUCAGCAACAGUAAAAGAUUACGUAAUGCUUGUCACACGUGGUACAGAGAAAAUAGUCACGCUAAAGUGAUAAAAAGUAAUAGAAUCAGAAUUUUUUAAAUUGUACAUAUUUUACUAUCGGUAUACUCUUAUCCUGCGACAAGGUUAUUAAAAUGACGUCAUUAUAAUGAAGUUAUAAUGCAACAAUGAAAUGAUGAUAGAAUCGCUAUUAUUAAAACAUUUUACGGAAGGACUUUUUAUUAUUAAAACUUUUAUUAUUUUACGGAAGGACGAUAGAAUAAAUAGUUGUUUUAUUCUUAUAUCAUGAAGUAAUUAAUUAAAUGUCACAA